AGACGAGAGAGGUAAAGACGACACCUGGAGCGAUAGAGAGCUGCAACUACCGACUGCACCAUGCGGUUCAUCUUGACGAUCUUCUUGCUGAGCCUGUCCUGUGUGUGUCUCACGCUGGCACAAGGGUCCUAUGACGACUGCUGUCUGAAGUAUGUGAAAAAUAAGCAGCUAUACAUUCAGAAACACGCAGUGAAGUACAGACGGCAGGAGCCAGACGGAGGCUGCAACAUCUCUGCUGCGAUCUUCAUCAUGAGGAGGGGGCGUAUGUUUUGCACCGACGGCAGUGAGCAAUGGGUCAAGAAGCUGAUGAAUGAGAUUGACAAAAGGGGCAAAGAAAGGAGAAAGCACCAUCGACAGAGGGCGAACAGAGGCUGAGGGCGUCAGCCUGCUGCCCCCGUUUGUCCCACCGCCCUCUGGCAAAUCUUAACAUUGAGCAACAGUGGUGGCAUCUGACUGGAAGGCGGCCAAAUCCUGUAACAUUAUACCUUUGGUUUCACUAUCUAGAGAGACGAGGGUCAAAAGCUUGUGUGGCAAUCAUGGCAGCACUGUGUUCUCUGGGGUUUAACAGUGGAUGUGACUGAGCAGUCGCCACAUGUACAUUCAACAGCUGCUUCAGUGAAAGUGUUUUCUUGCCUUUUAAAACAUCAGAUUUUCAAUAAGCUGCUUAAUGACACAAAUGGUGAUGGAGAGUAAUUAAUAUUAAUUAUUCGAAUAUUUCUUGUGUGAUGUAGCCAUGCUUCUAUCAAAUAUGUGUGCAAACAGUAAUUGUUAAAUUACUUUCUGCAGUGUGUGUCAUAAUAAAGGAGAAGC